CUAACGGCCGGGCGCAGCUGUCCCCUCCUGCUGCGGAUGCAGCACCUUCGGAAGCCAUCGGAGUCCGGGCCCCUUUCAAUCCUGGGUGGCCUUGGGCGAGAACCUUUCGGAGGAGUCCAAUCACUAUACUUUGAGUCCUCCUCUAGAGACGUGCGGAAUGGAGAAGGAGAGCACGAGGUGGUGAGGCGGGAUGCUCCGCGCGCAGCGUCGCCUCCAGCUCUUUCUCGGCGCCCGGGCAUUGUGAUCCGAUGUCUUUCGUCAGUGGAGAGUCUCAGACCGCUGGCGUCGCGAGAGGUGUCAGCCCGUCGGGAGCGCGAGGACUCAAACGGAGCCCAGGGCCAGUUCCAUCCCGCACACAGGGGACCCGGGGAUCACUUCGACCCCGCCCUGGACAGGUUCGCUACCGAGGUCGAAGAGUUUCCCGACUCCUCCUCCUGCUCAACUUCCAGGGAGGGCCCCUUUCGGUCUGGGGAGCUGAUUUUAGCGGAGACUGGCAAGAGACAAACACAAUUUAAAAAAUUAUUUAGAUUGAGCAGCGUCGGACAUUUAAAUAGUAACUGGGGAUUAGUCCCGUUCAGCGAGAUCGUGGGGAAGUUCCCCGGCCAGAUGCUGAAGAGUUCCUCCGGUAAGCACUUCAUGCUGAGGAGGCCGGCGUUGGAAGACUAUGUAUUAUUGAUGAAAAGAGGGCCUUGCAUAUCAUAUCCAAAGGAUAUGAAUAUGAUGCUGCUUAUGAUGAAUAUCAACCCAGGUGAUACUGUUUUAGAAGUUGGUUCAGGCUCUGGUGGAAUGAGCUUAUUUUUAUCCAAAGCAGUUGGAUCAAAAGGGAAAGUCAUAAGUUUUGAAAUAAGAAAAGACCACCAUGAUCUGGCUAAGAAGAAUUACAAACAAUGGCGUGAUUCGUGGAAAAUAAGUCAUGUAGAAGAGUGGCCAGACAAUGUGGAUUUUAUUCAUAAGGAUAUUUCAGGAGCAACCAAUGACAUGAAAUCUUUCACGUUUGAUGCGGCAGCUUUGGAUAUGUUAAAUCCUCAAGUUGCUCUGCCUGUUUUAUACCCAAAUCUUAAACAGGGUGGCGUGUGCGCUGUGUAUCUAGCAAACAUCACACAGGUUAUUGAACUUUUAAAUGGAAUCCACAUCUGUGAACUUGCUCUCUCAUGUGAAAAGAUAAGUGAAGUCAUUGUCAGAGAUUGGUUGGUUUGCCUGGCAAAACAGAACAGAAUUUUAUAUCGAAAAGUAGAACCUAAAAUCAACACAGAUUUACAAUUACAUUCUCAAAAGAAAAUUGGAGUUGAAAGUGAGAUAUUUCAAGAGGAUGACCAUGAAGAAUCACAUUCUGAUUUUCCAUAUGGAUCAUUUCCCUAUAUUGCUAGACCUAUACAUUGGCAAACUGGUCACACAGCUUUUCUUGUUAAGUUGAGGAAGUUCAAACCACAACUUAACUGAAUACUCCAGAUGACAGCAACUGAAUUGAAGACUGGAAAGUACCAAAAUAGAACUUUAUGUUGCAAAUCACUACUUUCAUAAAUUGGUAUUUUUAGCUAUUACUAUCAUUUGUAUAACUUUUACAUAUUACUUUGAAAACUAACCAAAGCUAAAUAAAGAUGUAUGACAUUGCAAAAUUGCUUAAAUGUCCCAUUUUGACACUUGUCUUGCAGUUAGUUUGACAUUUUGCAGUUACUGAUUCCAAGUUUAGUUGAACCAUCUCACUCUUCACUUCCUGUAAACCACUCCAUGGAUUUGUCUUUCUCCAUGAAAUUAGUUUUCUUUUCUUUGUUUGAUUGAUGAUCAUUGACUACUGAAAAUAAAAUAUGCAUUUUAAGAUAAA